UUAUUAUGUUCAUCUUACAGACAGGAACCCAUCACCGCGAGGUGACCAUAACUGUGUGCAUCGACGGCGAGGAGCAAGAAUUAGAACUGCGGCUUAACGAAGCGCUGGUGCCACGAGGACACUCUCUGAGCUAUCAGCAGGAUGUCCGGACUAUAGUUCACGUGCCGGAGAAAGAGGAGUUAGACUUAUGCCAGUAUUCGGGACGUGUGAGCGGUAAGCCGGGCUCGUGGGUCGCGGUGUCAACGUGCGACGGAGUCAAGGGCGUCAUCUACGACGGACGGCAGCUGCGGUACAUCGAGCCUGCACACGGUGCCAUAAACGGGGAACACUUCCUGUACUCGCACGAACAUCUAACGAAGAAACACCGCUGCGGUUAUGAGAGCGGCUCCAAGCAUAACUCCAGCCACAACCCUCACAAUUCUAUGCUGUUUCAGCAAGGCGAUGAGUUGGCAGGAAGAUCCAAUCGGAACAAACGCUACGCAUUUGUCGACGCUGUAGUCCAAGAGCCUUUCAAUGCCAACCGUCGCUCGCGCUACCUGGAGCUCGUGCUGGUCGUGGAUCACGGCGAAUACCUUGCCAGCGGCGGAAACAUACGCCUAGUCCAUCGGCAGAUGAAGGAUUUGGCGAACAUCAUCUAUUCCGUGUACGCUCCUCUGAACAUUUUCAUAUCCCUGGUGGGCGUCGAGGUGUGGACGGAGGUAGAUAAGAUCACGCUGGACAUGGACAGUCAAGCCACACUCGAUAACUUUAACAAGUACCGGAGCACGGAUCUCAUCCACAGGAUACCCAAUGACAAUGCUCAUCUGCUCACCCGGCAAAAAUUCAACGACGACGUCGUUGGCAAGGCACACGUGGGCAUGAUCUGUUCAAAUGAGAAAUCUGCAGGUGUGGAGACCAACCACUCCAGGGUGUUUGGGAUCGUGGCUAUGACCAUGGCGCACGAAAUGGGGCACAACUUUGGCAUGGGCCAUGACGAUGAGAAGGAUGGCUGCGUGUGCCCAGACAAGCGGUGCAUCAUGAGCUCGUAUACCAGUGAUUCAAUUAUUCCCGUGCGCUGGUCUUCCUGCAGCCUGAGGAAUCUCAGUCGUUCUUUCGAAAAGGGCUUUGACUACUGUUUACGUAACAUACCGAAGAGGCUCUUCGACUCACCAACUUGCGGAAAUGGGUUCCUAGAAGAGGGCGAGGAAUGCGAUUGCGGGACAUCACCGGGAGCGUUCACCCCUAAGGACAGUGACCACAACGCGUGCACCGCGUGCUGCAAGCCCGACUGCACGCUGCGAGCCAACGCCACGUGCGGCCACGGGCAGUGCUGUGAUAUUAGGACAUGUCGUCCCAAGGCGCCUGGCACAGAAUGCCGCGCCGCGAACAGCGAGUGUGAUUUGCCGGAAUUCUGUAACGGGAGCUCACCAUUUUGUCCGCAAGACGUGCAUAAGAUGGACGCCACGCCUUGUCGGAAGGGACAGGCAUACUGCGUGCGAGGUUCGUGCCGCACUCACACGGACCAGUGCCAGCUGCUGUGGGGGAUCACGGGCGAACGAUCCGACGACGCGUGCUAUAACGAGCACAACGUAUACGCCGCCGAAUACGGCAACUGCGGUUACGAUCGAGUGUCGCAGAGGUUCCGCAGCUGCUCGCCACAAGACGUUUUGUGCGGCAUGCUGCAGUGCACCCAUCUCGGAAAAAAUAAAAUCCACCUCGGCGACAUUUAUACUGCGAGGAUGAUGAAUUAUUUCGCGCAGAAGGGCAGGGGUGAGAUGGUCCCGUGUCACACGGUGAUUAUCGACUUUGGCCUGAGGGACGUGGACCCUGGCCUGGUACCCGACGGCGCUAAGUGCGGACCCGAUAAGAUGUGCAUGCAGCAGAGAUGUGUGUCGGUUGAGCGAGUGAGAGAGAUAGCGCAGCGAGCAGCGGGCUCUGUCUGCCCCUCCAACUGCUCUGGACACGGCGUGUGCAACUCCAAUGGUAACUGCCACUGCUCGGCGGGCUACGCGCCGCCGCUGUGCGCGCGGCCCGGCGCGGGCGGCUCGCUCGACUCCGGCCCCACUGCAGACACUAGCAGUUUAUGGCGAUUCAUGGUGGCGAUGUACGUGAUCUUCCUAGGCAUUGUCCCUGCAAUUAUAUUGGCGCUGCUCCUCAUCUACUUCUGUCCCUGCUGCUCUCCUCUCCGCUUCAAGAUUUUCAAAUCACACUACUCAAAACCUACCAACAUUGGUUCUAAGUUUGCACUUCCUAAUAUUAACUCAUUUAGGAAGUGGUUUCAUGAUAGUGAUAAAGUUAAUCGUGAUAACAGUCAAUUUAAUGUGACAGAUGAAAAAGUGCGUAAAAUUGUUACUGUGAAGAAUGAAAUCAAUGGUCACGAGUACACGGAAAUAUGUUAUGUUGAUAUACCUAUUACAAAUGUAGCUAAAAGUGCAGUGCAUGAUCAAUCGAAUAUAAAAAAUGUUAAAGAACCGAUAAAAUUAAAACGUACUAUAAAUAACAUAAAUAAAGAAGAUAUUGUUAUUGUUGAAAAGUAUAAUCAUGCUCCUAUUCAUAAUAAAACUGUGGCAAAUAAUGUAGAUGUAAUCAAACCUAAAGUUAAUGAUAUGAAAAAUAUGUAUGAGUCGCUUACAGAAAAAUCUAACUCCAAGACUCCUAAUUUUAAAGACUUAAAUAAAGAAAUAAAUGUCCCGCAGACAGCAAUUACAAAAAACGAAACCAAAAUCACGGUCCAUGAAAAACGAGCUUAG